UUAUUAUUAUUAUUACAAUUUUGCAUCAUCAUUUUUAUUUUUUGUAUCACAAAAUGUAAGGGGACUGAACACAUAUUACCGCGGCUUGCACGAACAAAAUGUGCUAACACCAUGAUACCGAAGAAGAAGAAAAACAGAAAGUCCAACCUACUUUUCUUCCAAGGAGGACUGAAGCUGAGCAGUGCUCUGCAUUAUGCGCUCGCGAAUCCGCUAUCCUCCAUCUGUUCAGUGUGUUGUUUACAGUUUUUCUUGCUCUGCAAAAAUAACCGGCGACUGGAAGCUAGCAACUUGCAUUGAUUGUAUGGAUGUAGUGGAUCUGAGCGCUCCAGUACGCGCAUUGCUACGUCAAACUUUACUUGACUAACAUGGAAGUUUUUUUUGGCCUACAUUGUCUUUAUAGGGAGAUUUGCGCUUUGAUAGAUUGACCUGCUGAAACUUUCUUUUUGACAAUAAGAGGAGCCCCUGGAUUACAGGAUUGUAUGAUCAUUUUAGAAGUUGAAGAUGCAGGUCCGAACGGUCCUCGAAGUGAAAGUUAUGGAUGUGCAGAAGAGGCGGAAUCCCUCUAAACAUUACGUGUACCUCAUCAAUGUCACAUACUCUGACUCCACCUCUCAUGUCAUCUACAGGAGAUACAGCAAAUUCUUUGAUCUCCAGAUGCAGAUCCUGGACAAGUUCCCAGUGGAGGGAGGGCAGAAGGACCCCAAAAAGAGAAUAAUUCCCUUCUUACCAGGUAAACUCUUAUUUCGGCGAAGUCAAGUCAGAGACGUGGCUGUGAAAAGGUUGAAGCAUCUUAAUGACUACUGCAGAGCUGUGAUGAGGCUCCCUAACCAGAUCUCCCAGAGUGAGGAGGUGCUGAGGUUCUUUGAAACCAAGGCUGAGGACAUCAACCCUCCUAAAGAGGACUAUGGGGGAUCCACCAAACGCAACUCAGGUUUGGAUGGUGCCAAUCCUAUGCUACUGGAGCAGUACAUGGUGGUGGCCAACUAUGAGAAGCAGGAGCCGGCGGAAAUCAGCCUGCAGGCCGGCAAACUGGUAGACGUCAUCGAUAAGAGCGAGAGUGGCUGGUGGUUUGUCAGUACAGCGGAGGAGCAGGGAUGGGUCCCUGCGACAUACCUGAAUACCCACAGUAACACACGAGAUGACCUGGAGCUGGGCGCCUCCAAGUCCAGGGAAGACACUAAGCACCGUAAGGCCCAUCUGAAGAGGCUGGACCGGAGAUGGACCCUGGGGGGAAUGGUCAGCAGGCAGCAGAGCCGAGAGGAGAAGUAUAUGACGGUGCAGCCAUACACCAGCGAGGGAAAGGAUGAGAUCGCCUUUGAGAAAGGAGUCAUCGUGGAGGUCAUCCAGAAGAACCUGGAGGGCUGGUGGUUCAUCAGGUACCAGGAUAAGGAGGGCUGGGCCCCGGCCUCCUACCUGAAGAAGGUGAUGGAGGACUUCUCUCCCCGUAGUAGUAAUAAGAAGGCCCCCUUGACUGGCCCGGUGGAGAUAAUCAGCAACAUCAUGGAGAUCAGCAACUUGCUGAACAAGAAGGCCCUGAGUGAGAUGGACGUGCAGACAGACGGCCAGCAAGAGGACAACCCCCUGACCACCCCCUCCCUGGUCAAGAGGCAAAUCAGCCUGCCCAUACCCUGCUCUAGCUCAGACUUCAGCCCUGGUGCCGCACUGGUGGAUGUUAAGGGCAAAGUAGAACCAGCCGCUCCAGUCAUAGCCCGCAUCGCUCCUCACAGUAUAGAGAUCAGCUCCCCAAUCCUCAGACAAAAGCCACCUCCUCGCAGAGAUGCAACUCUGGGAUUCAAUUUACCCUCGCCACCAGAGCCCCCUACUGUUGAAGCAGAGUACUACACCAUUGCAGAGUUCCAGUCCGUCAUUUCAGAUGGCAUCAGUUUUAAUGGAGGGCAGAAAGCAGAUGUGAUCGAGAAGAACUCUGGUGGCUGGUGGUAUAUCCAGAUUGGUGAGAAAGAGGGCUGGGCUCCCUGCUCCUACAUCGACAAACGAAAGAAGCCCAACCUAAACCGCAGAACCAGCACUCUGAGCCGGCCCAAAGUCCCGCCCCCAGCCCCGCCCGUCAAGAAGCAGGACUCUGAGCAGGACUCUGAGGCUCCAGAGUCCCCUACAUCUCCUGGAAGGCCUGUGUACGAGGAGCCAGAAUAUGACAUUCCUGCCAUUGGGUUUGAUCUGGAGUCAGAGUUUGAGUUCCUCAGGACAGAUGGGUCCUCAGUGGAUGGGAAGAACGAGGAUAGCUCCUCAGAGAAGGGCUCUCACCUGUCCUCCAAGCCAUCUCCGGCCUCUUCUCUCCAUAGCGCCUCCUUCAAGAUGGGCGAGUCGUCCGAGGACGUGGGGCAGGAAGAGGAGGAGCCUGAGGGAGAGGAGUGUAUCUAUGAGAAUGACUGCUUCAUGCCUUUCAGAGAGAUGCCUUAUACACAAUCCAGUGGCGACUCCGACUCCCUGAAGAUUAGAGCCCCGUUGGAGACUAGCAAGGUUGAAAAUUCUCACUCCAUGUUUGGGGCAAGGAGAAAAGGGAAGACGAUCCAGCUGAACGGCAGCCAGUCCUGGUCUCAAACCAAAGCAGAGGCCGGGGCAUCCAGCUCCAAACCUGCCUCUACAGAGUCCAACUCAGAUCUCUCCCAGCAGUCCAGGCCCAAGAAGGACAAAGAGGAGCACAAGAUGGGCUCCACUAAGUCCUCCAUCAAACCAAAGCCAUUGGUCAGGCCUAAGCCCCAGCUGGCCAAGGCCUCCAGUGCAGAGAAAAUGGACAUCGGCAGCCUCCGGAGACAACUUAGGCCUACAGGCCAGCUGAAGAAGGACUCCAGAGGAGAAGACUUUGAAACAGCCUCUGUCAUCUCCUCUGAGGACUCUGUGUCCUCCCACAGCACCUCCGACAUCUCCUCCAUCUACUCUAAAGGCAGCCGGGGAGACUCAGACGAGGGCUGCAGUCUCUACCGCACCACAGAUGCCUAUGAGAAGGUCCAGGACUCAGAGAUGAGCUUCCCUCCUGGGGUGGAAGUGGAGGUGCUGGAGAAGCAGGAGAGUGGCUGGUGGUACAUCCGCUUGGGCGACACUGAGGGCUGGGCUCCAACCUACUACCUGGAGCCUAUCAGGCAGCUGGACGACAAAGCUGGGUCAGAGUCCGAUGGCACCCCUACCAAACUCGGCAGCCUGAGCAAGUCCAACAGCCUGGAGAAGAAUGAGCAGAGGGUCCAGGCCCUGAACAACAUCAACCAGAGCCUAAAGAGGAGCAUACCGCCCAUCCCCUCCAAGCCCUUUGGCCUAUUCAAUGGCUCGCAGAAGAAUGUUAUGAAACAGCAGCAGGUGGUCAGGCCUCAGUCAGUCUUCAUCUCCAAGCCGAUCAUCGACGGGCCAAACCCAGUAGGCUCCCUUAGGAGGGGUGAGUCACUCAACUCCACUGACCACCCACGCUCUAGUCCCACCGUGCGCCGCAACGCUUCCUUUGGUACUACCCCGUGGUGCCCAGCGCCGAAUGGUAACAGACCCGGGACGGGAAGCUCCGAAUCACUGGGCCGGGGGUCUCAGAGGAACGGUCUACCUAUUUCCACGGUGAAACCCAAAACCCACCUCAUCCACAACAACCUCCGUGAAGUGUAUGUCUCCAUAGCGGAUUACCAUGGUGAUGAGGAGACCAUGGGGUUCCCCGAAGGAACGACUCUGGAGGUUCUGGAGAGGAACCCUAAUGGCUGGUGGUACUGCCAGAUCCUGGAUGGAGGUCGACCUCGAAAAGGCUGGGUCCCCUCAAAUUACCUGGAAAGGAAGAGCUAGUGAUACACUAAUAUUCAGUGCAUGUGCAAUCAGGUCAGAGACCGUGGAAGACAGUGUAAAUCGAAAUGGAAAGACACUGUUUUUUACAAUGUAAAGAUGGAAAUCAGAAGAGACAAUUUACAGUAUCAUUGAAGUGGUAUACUUUGGGUUUUCUAAACUGAGGGUGGCCAACCAAUCCUGCAUAUAAUUACUUGACAUUUUAUUAUUGUAAUCUGAAGUAACAAAGAAAGUACUUCAAAGUAUAAUUUUUUGACAGGAUUUUAUCUAUUCACAGACAGCCGGGGGUUGGAACAAAUACCUUUGGCAUUAAAGUCAGCAAAAGGUCAAUCACAUGUAUAACAAAAUCAUUAAACAAAAGUGGUUGAUUUGAUGAAAUGUGCUUUUUAAUCCAAAAUGGAAGAAUAAUGGGAUUUGGACACCAGUGGAGGAGCUUUGGACAGCUUUGGCUGAUCAUGGUGAGUUUUUGUGAUAAGAUAACAUUACUUAAUGAUCUCCAAUGGGCUAAACAUUAUUCACUUCAAAUGAUAUUUGAUCAUACAAUUUUUUUAAAUGUUUUUUUUAAUGAUUUCUUCUUUAAAGGUCCAAUGCAGCCAUUUUUUCUCAAAAUCAAAUCAUUUCUGGGUAAAAAUUAAGUAGCUUACUGUGAUUGUUUUCAAUUAAAAUAGUCAAAAAUAAACAAAAAUAGCUUCUUAACAAAUAGCAAUUUCUUAUUGCAAAGAGGAAUUGGUUUAUUAACUAAUUUACUCAAAUAGCUUUUACUCUAAAAGGGCAUUAUCAUACUUUUUACAAUUUCACAGUAUUAUUCCAACCUCAUAGUGUGUAAAUAUAUAUACAGUGCAUUUGCAAAGUAUUCAGACCCCUUCCCCUUUUCCACAUUUUGUUACGUUACAGCCUUAUUCUAAAAUGGAGGAAAUCCUCAGUAAUCUACACACAAUACCCCAUUACGUCAAAGCAAAAACAGGUUUUUAGAACCUUAUUUACAUAAGUAUUCAGACACUUUGCUAUGAGACUUGAAAUUGAGCUCACGUGCAUCCUGUUUCCAUUGAUCAUCCUUGAGAUGUUUCUACAACUUGAUUGGAGUCCCUUGAUUGGAGAAACUUCCAGAAAGACAACCAUCUCUGCAGCACUCUACCUAUCAGGCCUUUAUGGUAGAGUGGCCAGACGGAAGCCACUCCUCAGUAAAAGGCACAUGACAGCCUGCUAGUAAUUUGACAAAAUGCACACAAAGGUCUCUCAGACCAUGAGAAACAAGACUCUCUGGUCUGAUGAAACCAAGAUUUAACUCUUUGGCCUGAAUGCCAAGUGUCACGUCUGGAAGAAACCUUGCAUCAUCCCUACGGUGAAGCAUGGGGGUGGAAGCAUCAUGCUGUGAGGUUGUUUUUCAGUGGUAGGGACUGGGGGACUAGUCAGGAUCGAGGGAAAAAUGAACGGAUG